AUGUUCCUCCAUGAGCGUGGAGCUUAUAAUACUCUCUACUUUACCUUUUAUUUUGGUUCUCUCAUGGUUGGGCCGAUUGUUGCAGGCCCAAUGGCUCAGCAUAUUGGCUGGCGAAGCUUCUUUUGGCUUAAUGUUGGACUUUUGGGACUGUCCCUUCUUCUCUUGAUAUUUCUCUUCCCUGAGACUAAGUGGCAUCGAGUACAUUCCGACGAGAUACGCAAUGGGGAACAAGAUGAUACAACGACAGAAACAAAGAUUCGGGAUGGCGCUGACCAUGAGAAGCCCAUAGAGGUCGUUCAGAAGGAGAACAUGGAGCCGGAAAAUGAUGCGCUUCACGAUCAGUAUUUGCAUUGCGGAUCUCCCUCUAAAGGGCAGUUCAAACUAUGGCAAUGGGAGACUAUCAGCAUGAAAGAUGUUCUCAUCAGUUUUUGGCUCCCUUGGAAGCUACUUGCGUUCCCCAUCGUCGAGCUUUCGGCCUUUGUGGUUUCUUGGUCUGCUAGCUGCUUCUUAACAUUGAAUUUGACGCAAAGUCAAGCUUUCGCUGAGCCUCCUUAUAAUCUCGACAGUCAGACAAUUGGUUUCUUCAACUUCGCGAUUCUUAUCGGCACAUUUAUCGGCUUGGCUACUAAUGGACCUCUUUCAGACUGGGUUUCGAUGCAAGCAACUAGGAAGAAUAAAGGCAUUCGAGAGCCUGAGAUGCGACUUCCAACCAUGAUCAUCUAUGUGGCGAUCAUGAUUAUAGGUAACUUUGUUGUGGCUUUUGGCUACCAGUAUAAAUGGGACUGGAGAGCAAUUGUGAUCAUCGGAUAUACUGCAGCUGGUAUCCAAGUCGCUGCAAUUCCUGCGAUUGUCAGUACUUAUGCGGUCGACAGCUACAAGCCUGUUGCUGGCUCAAUCUUUGUGGCAAUCACAGUUAACAAGAAUGUUUGGGGUUAUGGCUUCAGCAAGUUUAUCACCCCUUGGGUUGCAGAAAGCGGAUUUGUUAAACCAAUCAUGUUAAAUAUGAGCUUGGCAACACUGUGGUGUCUCUUCGCGAUUGUGUUUUAUUUUUACGGGAAGAGAUUCAGGCGAUGGACAGCCAAAUCUUGGGUUCAUAAGAUGUAG